GGAACCUUUCUAUGGCUUUUCCUUGCAUUUAGGAUAAAAUCCAAAAGCCUUAUUGAGGCCUAUAGGCCCCCCCUGGUCUGGCCUGAGCCCACCUCUGCAGCCUGAUCUUAUGUACCUUUUCCUUUUGAAUUUUAUGCUCCAUCAUCCUAGCCUUCUGCCAGUUCCUUCAAUUAACUCACCAACUUCUGUAACCCCAGGGCCUUUGCACAGACUCACCCUUUAACUGGAACUACACUCCUUUCUACUCUUUGCCUGAUUAACUUAUAAACUUUCUCUUACGGUAGGUCUGUUUUAUUUGAGUUCUUCCCUAAUUUAGUUCAACCUAAAUUAGGUACCUAUGUUAAUUCUCCAGAGCAUAAUACCAUUUAUCUCAGUUUGCAAUUGUGUGUGUAUAUAGUGAUUAUUUGCCUAAUGGCUGUUGCUCCCUAAGGUCUACAAGGGCACGUUCUCCAGGGUGUCCACAUGGAAAGUGCUCAGAAAAAUACCUUGAAUCAGCCUAGCUUGGUAAGAACAUGGGCUUUGGCAGCAGGAAGUUCAAAUACCUGCUCUACUCUUUAUUAGUAGUAAUGUGAUCUUGGACAACCCACAUAGCCUUGCUAAGACCUGUUUUAUUUGUAAAACUUAUCUCUUGGAGUUGCUGUGAGGAUAAAAUGACAACAUAUAUAAAAAGCCAGGCUUCUUCUAGAAGAAUAUCCUUGGGUAGCAUGUACAUUUCCACCCUUCCUUUUAGAGAGUGGGGGUAAUAGGAUACCCGCUCCUCCAGGGGUAUCCCCUCUUUCUAGGGACCUGCCCAAGCUAGGUCUUUCUUCCAGUGGAACGUGCAUCCCAAGGGUUUCCAGGAUGAAGCAGUCAACUGGAAGGCAACAGCUCCUCCUUUUCUCUCUCCAGAGCUGGACAGUGCACCAGGGGCCGAUACUGGUUCCCCAGCUGGGAGACACCCUGGGCGGGGCUUUGCUCGCCGGAAGCACGCAGAGCGUGGGGAGGACAGCCCUCUCUGCUUGUGUUUGUGCCAACAGCACCCGCGCUGCCGCGUCGGGUUCCGGGUAGUCACACAUGAUGUCACAGACAAUGACACAAGCCGGUGUCUCAUUCCGACACAGCGUCCGAGCUGCACAAUGUCACACCCGGGUGCCAAACACUUGGCCCCGCGCGCCCCGGCCCUACGCCUCCCGCCGCCGCUCUCCGCGUCUCCGGGGGAGGUGGCCCAGUCCGGCCGGGCAGGGGGCUAGCGGGCGAGCCCCGCGGGCGGGCUGGCGAGCGGGUGAUGUCAUGGGCAGCGGUGGGUGGGUCACUCGGAGGUGAGGCGCCGCCAGGCGAGUUCAGCGAGAGUUCAGCCGCAUUGCAUUAGGCAAAUGAGGCCCGGCUUGGGUGGGGGUGUGUGUUAAGGGGAGGACACCGGGACCACCCCCCUCUUCCCCGCCCCACCACCUCCUCCACCACGGCAUCGCUCGGCCAGGGACUGACCAAACCUUGGGGGAGCCUGGGAGCCGGAACUGGGACAAGGGAAGACGCCCGUCUCUCUUCCGUCCUUGUACCCCCCCGCAGCCCCCUCCUCUCCCUGUACUCGGCCUCCCUCUGUACUCUGUGUACUCCUCCUCUGGUACCUUUCCUCCUUCCUUCUCCUCUCCUCUCCUCCCCCUUCCCAGGCUGCCCCUACUCGCCCGUCCACAUGCCGCCUCUCCCUCUAGGUUCCCUGCGUUUCUCCCACUGCAGCCGGACCCGCUGGGAAUGGGUUAAGCCAGGGGCGGUGCCUGGACGGGGCGGAGUGGAGGAAAGGGGGUGGUACCCGGAGGGGAGGGGGCGCGUAGAGCUGGGGUGGGGGGGCCGUGGCGCGCACCACCGGAGACCGAGCGAGCCGCCGGCUGCCCCUGGCUUGGCGGAGGUGGAACCGCGCGGGAUCCCCACCCCCACCUGGAAUCCUCGCCACGAGAUCCCUGGAGAAGCCCCGGAUCCCCGGCGGGGAGGAGGAAGUGCUCGUUGACCCCCGCCCCGCGCUGAUCCCGCCCCCGGCCUGCGGACUUGGGGAGCCGCGGUACUCUGCCUCGGACGCCACGAGACUCUAGACAGGAGUCCCCUCGAGGUGAAGCCGCUGAGUUCCCGGGCCCCGCUAGGCUUCUCUGGGAGAGCCAAGGGACCCCCCGCUCCCAGCACACACAACUUCCCAGCUUUUCACCGGGACUGGCGGAGCGGCCGGCGGACUUAGACGCGGGGACUUAAGGGCAGGGGGCGCCCCCCUGCCUGGGUCACCAGUCGGGGUGAGGGGACGUCUCCUCGCCCCCAGCUGCUCUGCUCGGAUGGCGCCGCCGGCUGAGUGACGGGGGCGGCGCGCAGGACUUCCCAGCUCGGACCUCUUGCCUUCGAGGGGGAAGAUGUACGAAAGUGUAGAAGUGGGGGGUCCCACCCCUAACCCCUUCCUAGUGGUGGAUUUUUAUAACCAGAACCGGGCCUGUUUGCUCCCAGAGAAGGGGCUCCCCGCCCCGGGUCCGUACUCCACCCCGCUCCGGACUCCGCUUUGGAAUGGCUCAAACCACUGGCUUCUUCCGCCGCAGCAUCCAGAAGAACAUGGUGUACACGUGUCACCGGGACAAGAACUGCAUCAUCAACAAGGUGACCCGGAACCGCUGCCAGUACUGCCGACUGCAGAAGUGCUUCGAAGUGGGCAUGUCCAAGGAGUCUGUGAGAAAUGACCGAAACAAGAAGAAGAAGGAGGUGCCCAAGCCCGAGUGCUCCGAGAGCUACACGCUGACGCCGGAGGUGGGGGAGCUCAUUGAGAAGGUGCGAAAAGCGCACCAGGAAACCUUCCCUGCCCUCUGCCAGCUGGGCAAAUACACUACGAACAACAGCUCAGAACAACGUGUCUCUCUGGACAUUGACCUCUGGGACAAGUUCAGUGAACUCUCCACCAAGUGCAUCAUUAAGACUGUGGAGUUCGCCAAGCAGCUGCCCGGCUUCACCACCCUCACCAUCGCCGACCAGAUCACCCUCCUCAAGGCUGCCUGCCUGGACAUCCUGAUCCUGCGAAUCUGCACGCGGUACACACCCGAGCAGGACACCAUGACCUUCUCAGACGGGCUGACCCUGAACCGGACCCAGAUGCACAACGCUGGCUUCGGCCCCCUCACCGACCUGGUCUUUGCCUUCGCCAACCAGCUGUUGCCCCUGGAGAUGGACGAUGCGGAGACGGGGCUGCUCAGCGCCAUCUGCCUCAUCUGCGGAGACCGCCAGGACCUGGAGCAGCCUGACCGUGUGGACAUGCUGCAGGAGCCGCUGCUGGAGGCGCUAAAGGUCUACGUGCGAAAGCGGAGGCCCAGCCGCCCCCACAUGUUCCCCAAGAUGCUGAUGAAGAUCACUGACCUGCGAAGCAUCAGCGCCAAGGGGGCUGAGCGGGUGAUCACGCUGAAGAUGGAGAUCCCGGGCUCCAUGCCGCCUCUCAUCCAGGAAAUGCUGGAGAACUCAGAGGGCCUGGACACUCUGAGCGGACAGCCGGGGGGCGGGGGGCGGGACGGGGGUGGCCUGGCCCCCCCGCCAGGCAGCUGUAGCCCCAGCCUCAGCCCCAGCUCCAACAGAAGCAGCCCGGCCACCCACUCCCCGUGACCGCCCGCGCCACAUGGACACAGCCCUCGCCCUCCGCCCCGGCUUUUCUCUGCCUUUCUACCAACCAUGUGACCCCUGCCAGCCCUGCCCCCACCUGUCCCCCCGGGCAGUACUGGGGACCUUCCCUGGGGGACGGGGAGGGAGGAGGCAGCAACUCCUUGGACAGAGGCCUGGGCCCUCAGUGGACUGCCUGCUCCCACAGCCUGGGCUGACGUCAGAGGCCGAGGCCGGGAACUGAGUGAGGCCCUGGUCCCGGGUCUCAGGAUGGGUCCCCUGGGGGCCUCGUGUUCAUCAGGACACCCCUCUGCCCAGCUCACCACAUCUUCAUCACCAGCAAACGCCAGGACUUGGCUCCCCCAUCCUCAGAACUCACAAGCCAUUGCUCCCCAGCUGGGGAACCUCAGCCUCCCCCCUGCCUUGGUUGGUGACAGAGGGGGUGGGACAGGGGCGGGGGGUUCCCCCUGUACAUACCCUGCCGUACCAACCCCAGGUAUUAAUUCUCGCUGGUUUUGUUUUUAUUUUAAUUUUUUUGGUUUUGAUUUUUUUUAAUAAGAAUUUUCAUUUUAAGCACAUUUAUACUGAAGGAAUUUGUGCUGUGUAUUGGGGGGAGCUGGAUCCAGAGCUGGAGGGGGUGGGUCCGGGGGAGGGAGUGGCUCAGAAGGGGCCCCCACUCUCCUUUCGUGUCCCUGUGCCCCCCAGUUCUCCUCCUCAGCCUUUUCCUCCUCAGUUUUCUCUUUAAAACUGUGAAGUACUAACUUUCCAAGGCCUGCCUUCCCCUCCCUCGCGCUGGAGAAGCUGCCAGCCCCUUUCUCCUUCUGCCUGACCACUGGGUGUGGACGGUGUGGGGUAGCCCUGGAAGGACAGGCUCCUGGCCUUGGCACUUGCCUGCACCCACCAUGAGCCAUGGAGCAGGGGCCGAGCAGGGGCCCCGGGACACACGGAGUGUUCACAGACCCAGCUCCUAGGUAGAGCUGCCUCCCGUCAGGGCCCACAUCAUCCAGGCCCCCCAGCCCCCACUGUGAAGGGGCUGACCAGGGGCUUGAGCUGCCCCCACCCCCAGCCUCAGCCACCAGCACCCCCACAGGGCCCCCGAGACACACCCACACACAUGCGUGCGCGCACACAGACACACACACACACACACACACACACACUGGACAGUAGAUGGGCCGACACACACUUGGCCUGAGUUCCUCCAUUUUCCUGGCCUGCCCCCCACCUCCCACCUGUCCCAUCCCCGUGCCCCCUCCUUACCCCGCAGGACGGGCCUACAGGGGGUUUCCCCUCACCCCUGCACCCCUGGCUGCGGGAGCCGGCUCUGCCCUGACCUCCACCAGGGGUUGGGGCCCUUCCCCUGGAGCCCGUGGGUGCACCUGUUACUGUUGGGCUUUCCACUGAGAUCUACUGGAUAAAGAAUAAAGUUCUAUUUAUUCUA